AAAAAAGGAUAAGGUUUAUUUUACUAAUUACUAGUACCAGACUAAUUUACUGCUCCUAUCUCCCGAUAUCUAUAUGUAUAUAUACCAUUUGGCCUUUGCUUUUCGUAUUCCACUCCACCACCUUUUUUCCAUUCUCCGUUAUCACUGCACAUUGUCAGAUUCCUCAUCGAUUCACUUUUUGUAGUAGGGAAAAAAAAAAUGGCGUUGGAAAUCAACCAAGGUAUGCAACUCAUCGAAAGAGAAGAAGUCUUCACCGUCGCCGGCAGAGAUAAGAAGGGCCGUUUACUUGUCACCGUCAUCGGCAAAUAUUUCCCUGUUGGGCUGGUGAGCGUUGAUAGCGUGAAAAAGUAUCUGGAGGAGAAGGUGUACCCUGCUCUGGAUAAUCAGCCGUUCUCCGUAGUGUACUUCCACUCCGACGUGGAGAAAAGCGACAACAACAUCGGAAUCUCUGCUCUGAGGUCAAUCUAUGAUUCCAUUCCGAUCAAAAUCCGGGAUAACCUCCGAGCUGUUUAUUUCGUUCAUCCUAGCUUCCAGUUCAGGCUGUUUAUGGCCACCGUCGGCAGGUUCAUGUUCGCCGGAGGGUUAUACGGGAAGAUAAAGUACGUAAUCAGGUUGGAUUUCCUUUGGGAAAACGUGAGGAGGAAAGAGAUUGAUAUCCCAGAAUUUGUGUGCGAUCGAGAUGAAGAGUUGGAUCGGGUCCGGUCGAUGGAUUAUUGUAUAGAGAGUGAUCACCCGAGAGUUUGCCGGGCUCCGGAUGUGGAUUCCUCCAUGCCAAUGUAUUAUUCUACCAGAUGCAUCUCUUGAGUCCUGUUUUCUCUUCUCUCCCGGAAGAAUAAAAAGAAACAGAGUAAAUUGUAGGAAUCAAAGUUUUAGCCGUUUCCUUCAUGAUGUUCAAAUUUCAAAGUUUCCAUUAGUGUACAAAUAUCUUUUUAAUGUUGAUUGUUAAUUAAGCAGUUAAAAAGUUUAUCCCUUUUCCCCGUUUUCAUAUCCUCAAGAUAUGCAGCAGAAAGAGUGUAAUGUACAGUUAUCUGUUUUCCUGACACAAGUGUGAAAAUCAAAAAGAUGCAAACAAAUCCGGUCCCACCAGAUAAAAG